AUGGGUCGAGGCAAGGGCCAGUCAUAUUUGCCCAGAGCUGGCGACUUCAGCGGUAACGGCGAUAAGCCGACAUCUCUUGAAGAUCCCAUGGCAUACGGCGCUCCAACGAGGCGCGAGGCGACAUUGUGGGAUCGAGGCGGCGGGCUGGAUGUUGCGGCCGAUGACAUCGAUAUGACAGAUGUCAAUGGUGAGACGGCCCAAAAGAUUCAGACAUCCACAUAUUCGCCAAAGACAGUUCAAGGCACUUCGACCCAGACUGCUGAAACCGCUACCGGGGAAGAGUCUAGCAAAUCAAGACGGGCUGAGAAAAAAGCCACCAAAGACGCUGCAAUCGCGACACGGACUAGGUCAAAGAAAUUCGAAAAAAGAGCCCCAGAGAAAACUGAAAAGAGAGCCGGAAAGAAAGCUAGAAGAGCUGCGCGAAAAGAAGAAGCACGACGACAAGGAUCACUCGAUCCGCAGCCGCAGCUCGAGGCGAACAACUCCCUCCACGCAGGGAACAGGGCAUCCCGUGUUGAGAAAGCUGGGUCAUCAGUAGAGAGGCAAAAUCCGAGAGUUCCCAGUCCUCGCUCACAAUCGAGUAUUACCGGCACCAAUAGCGAAGAUCCUAUCGAGACUGCAGCAAACCUCGAGCCUCGACAGAUACACGGAAGAUGGGGUGUUGGCAAUAGGCUUGACAAGAAAGACAAUAGAAAGCUAGUUAGGGCCAUGGAGCACUUGUUUACGAAUGACGAGAGCGAAAAUUCUAAGAGCAAGAAGGCUGCACACAAGGCGGUCAAUCGAGGCUUCCAGUUGCCCUCUGAGAGGUUGAAUUUGGACAGCAUCUCCAGUCUCGACUCGACUGUUCAAGAUCAAUCAUUCAAGGACGACUCGCAUCCAGAGAUCUAG